UGGUCACACUGAUGACUUGAAAAAAAACAGUGACCGGAAUAAAGCUCAUCACAUUAGUUUCACUCAUAAAUUAACUUACAGAACACACAAUGGCCUGUCCAGGAUUUGGUGAACUGAACAUACCGUCAUCACGCGCCUUUUGGGACGAUUGCGAAGAGGAUGAGCUGGAGAACGUGAAGCCGGUCGAGAAGCUGCAGCUAAAAUUUGAUGGUGAAUCGACGGGUGAAGUUGCCCCCGUAGAGAGUGAUCUUCUGGUGAUCGUUGAAGGUACCAGCGUCACACACUUUGGCACUUCCCUGCUGGCAACGGACUCCAAACGCGUGUGCGGCAUUCCUGCCAAAACCUCGUCCCUGCACUGGAACCCUUCGUCCAAACAGCUGCUGGCCAUCGUGGAGGAGGACUUGACUAGCAGCGGCGAGGUCACUGAGCUCUUGUUGCCCUACGUCAAGCUGGCCAAGAAAGUGAUCACCCUUACGCUCAAGCCAAAGGUAGAGUUUAAAAGCGAGGAUAUUCAGCUGUACCGAGAUGACAUAGCUAUUGUGCGAGGCGUGGGUGUGAACAAAAAGGAUGUUACUGAAUUGGAGGCUCCCAACUUUAUUGCCGGAGUGGCGGCCGGAGUUGCCAGUUGGCGCGACGAAGAAGAGUUGCCGGUGAACUCUUUUGUUGUCUACACUGACAAGCUGCCCCUGGACACCACUGCUGCUCAGCCAGUGAUUAAGCUGCUCCAGAGUGUGGGCGUAUCCUGCAGCUCCAAGUACAUCCCCCCGCGCAAGGAGAACUCCUAUCUAUACAUGUGAAACUACUUUUGGCUGUGUUCUUUCUAGAUUUAAUUUUGUAAAAAUGUUGCGGUUGCGGAAUAAAAAACAAAUUACUUCAGUA